AUGGGGGAGGGGGGUUUAGGUAUCCGGUCCUUGGUGGAGUUGAGUAGGGCUUUGCUGGGGAAGUGGUUGUGGAGGGGCCUUGUGGUGGAAGGGAAGUUGUGGUACUGGGUUGUAGGGGCUAGAUGGGGAGAUAUUGGUGGGAGAGGGAGUAGCAGUGGGAUGGCUAGGCCUCAUAGGAUGGGUUUAUGGAAGGGUAUUUUUAUGGGGAGGGCUCAAUUCUUGGAGGGUAUAAAGUGGAAGCUUGGGAGGGGUAAUAUUAUUAGGUUUUGGGAGGAUGAGUGGCUUGGGAGGGGCUGUCUUAUGCAUCAGUUUCCAAGUGGGAACAAUCUAGCUGUGAGGAAGAAUGUGGUGGUCAAGGAGGUGUUUAGGGGAGUGGAUGGGAGGGGUGGGUGGAACCUGAAUUUGUUUAGAAAUCUAAAUGAUUGGGGGAUUGAUGAGUUUUCAAAGCUUCUCCAAGUCCCAGCUGAAGUGCAUCUAGAUACUUAUAAGGAUAAGGCUGUUUUGAAGUUCAAGAGCGAUGGAAUCUUUACAGUUAAGUCCUUCUAUGACUUCUUGACUACUAAGGCAGGAGCUAAACAAGGACUUCUAAUAAGAGGAGGAGAUGUAUUAGAACGAUUGGCCAGCAUAGAUUAUGUUGCUAUAGACAAGACAGGAACCCUUACAGAAGGAAAGCCUUCUGUUUCUGCAAUAGCUUCCUUUACAUAUGAAAAUUCGGAAAUUCUUCAAAUGGCUGCUGCAGUAGAAAAAACAGCAAAACAUCCAAUUGCAAGGGCUAUCUUAAGAAAAGCAGAAGAAUUGAAUUUGACCGUUCCAGUAACAAGAGGACAACUAGCAGAACCAGGUUUUGGAACUCUAGCAGAAGUUGAUGGACGUUUAGUUGCAGUUGGUGCUCUAGAUUGGGUUAAUGAAAGGUUCCAGAUAAAAGGAAAUUCAUCUGAUCUAAUGGAUCUACAACAGGAUGUAAUGUUUCAAUCAUCAAAAGCAAUAACAUCAUCAUCAAAGUAUUCCAAGACUGUCAUCUAUGUCGGACUUGAAGGAGAAGGCAUUAUUGGUGCCAUAGCAAUAUCUGACAGCUUGCGUCAUGAUGCAGAAUCAACCAUCAGUAGGCUUCGGCAAAAGGGUAUCAAAACAAUCCUGUUAUCAGGAGACAGGGAAGAGGCAGUUGCAUCUAUAGCGGAGACCCUAGGAAUAGGAAGUGGAUUUAUCAAUGCGUCUUUGACUCCCCAGCAGAAAUCUGCAGUUAUAUCUACUCUUCAAUCAGCAGGGCAUAAAGUUGCGAUGGUAGGUGAUGGCAUAAAUGACGCCCCCUCUUUGGCUGUCGCUGAUGUUGGGAUUGCUCUACAGACUGAAGCCCAAGACAAUGCUGCAUCUGAUGCAGCAUCCAUUAUACUUUUCGGCAACAAACUUUCGCAAGUUGUAGAUGCAUUGGAUCUUGCUCAGGCAACAAUGGCAAAAGUGUAUCAGAAUCUAUCAUGGGCAGUAGCUUAUAAUGUUGUCGCCAUCCCUAUUGCUGCGGGUGUUCUGCUUCCCCAACUUGACUUUGCAAUGACACCUUCUCUUUCAGGUGGGCUGAUGGCCUUGAGCUCAAUAUUUGUUGUUACCAAUUCAUUGCUUCUGCAGAUUGACGGCGUUGGUAGUAGAAGGAAGAGCUAGCAUUUCUCUCGUACCCAUUUCUGCCAGAUAGAUAAAUUUUUUGGGAUGUUUGGCUUCUAUACGAUUGGAUUUUAUCACAGAUCAUUUGGUACAUUGGUGAAAUUAUACUGAUAAUGAAAUAGUUAUUUAGUGAAAAUAGAAGAACUAUAAUAAAAUUAUAAUUACAUUGUGUUUGAUUUAUAAAUAAGAAUAAAUUAUUACAGUCUCA